AUGAAGGGUGAACCUUUGAUUGUUAGAGCUUCAGCUGUAAUUGGUAGACUCAUGGACGACAUGGUAGGACAUGAGCAUGGGCAAGAGAGAGGAGAUGUAGCAUCAGCUCUGGAGUGUAACAUGAAACAACAUGGAGCCUCAAAACAGGAGUGUUACAUGCAACAACACGGAGCCUCAAAACAAGAGGCAUAUGCUGAGUUUGACAAAUAA